UCAAGACUUUAUUUAUUAACUCUCAGCUUAAGACUGAUUCAGGUGGUACAAAAUAUUUCUUAUGAGGCCCUUAAUUUACAUUUAUUCGGGAUGGGAGCGAGCUCUCCCGCUUGUGGUAGUAUGUGUUUGUAUGUAGGGAGAGCGGCAUCGCUUACUCCGGGUGCAGGUGUUUACCAUAUAUCGUGGGAUCUGCAUAUUCAGCAUAUUCACAUGUACUGGCUAUGUGAAUAUGUCACUAUAUUAAAUUGGGAAUUCGUGGGAUCUAAUAUUCAGCAUAUUCUUAAAUGCUGGCUAUGUGAAUAUGUCACUAUAUAUAUGUGGGAGAGAUAUUUCCACAUAUUCGAAUAUGAACAUUGACGACGCUCUGGACAACGAAAACGCAAAGACAAUAAUUCAAGGAAAACAGAAGUUGAAGUCGACGAUCAACAUAAUUCAAGGAAAAUAGAAGUCGACGUCGACGAUCGCAAUACGCGGAAAAAGAGAAGUUGAACCAAAAGGAAACUACGACGUAUAUCAACGACUCUCAGAAGGAAGCGACUGAUCCCAAUAUAAGCGGCGAGAACGCAGACGACGGGGGCAGUUUGUGACGAGAGCCGAGAGAAGACGGAAGUAUUCGGCGAGAGAAGACUUAAACGACGUGAAGACUAUUAUCUAAUAUUAAAAUAGAUGUUAUUAAUUAAAACUAUACUUAUCAUAAUAAUAAAACAUCAAUAUUAAUAAAUAAAACCCCACAUUUUGGGGGCUCAUCCGGGAUAAAACCAAAAAACAGUGAAAACGUGUAGAAAAGCGAACGACGAAAAAAUAUAAAAUUUUGUUUAUAAAUUCAACGAAAAAUGGCGUGUUUAAAAGACUUAAUAGCUAAUAAUAUAAAAAAUAAUAUAAACCCAAAACGAUGAAUCAGACGAGGAGAGCGAGAACGACGAAGACAACAAAUCAGAAGAAGAAAACCAAAUCGACGAAGGAAACAGUGCUCAUGGGAUAGGCAGAGACCGGAGGAAUACACAAGAUGAGACACCCCGUUUUGCCAUUAGUUUUCGGGACAUAGAGGAAUCAAUAAAACAAUUCGAUGGCGGUGAUGAAACUCCAAUAGAGGUGUGGAUAAGCGACUUUGAAGAUCAAGCCUUGCUUAUGGGAUGGAACGAACUCCAAAAAUUAAUUUUUGCUAAAAAGUCGUUAAAGGGUGUCGCAAAACUCUUUGUUUUAAGUGAGAAACGGCUAAAUUCGUGGAAUGCGUUGAAAAAGUCCCUCUUGAGUGAAUUCAAGUCGACAGUGAGCAGCAAGCAGAUACACAAACAACUCGGAGAAAGCAAGCGACGUGCGAACGAGAACGCACAAGAAUAUUUGUACCGGAUGAAAGACAUUGCAUCACGAGGAAAAGUCGAAGAAGAAGCACUUAUUCAAUACGUGAUCGACGGUAUUGACGAACUUUCUCUAAACAAAUCCGUUUUGUAUGGUGCAAGAAAUUUAUCUGACUUUAAAAGAAAGCUAAAAGAUUACCAAAUAAUAAAUAUCAAAUCAAAAUUCUCCGACGGAAGUGUGAAAGGGAAGAAAUGGCAGCCAAUGUUCAGUGAUGCAAAGAGUGACAAAAAAGAGAUUGCUUGUUACAACUGCGGUGAAAAGGGACAUCUUGCUAAUGUACAUAACGAGGGCAUAGCGGACCCUCCUUCAGGCGAUGAUAUGGAUGUUGGUGAUGAACGAACCACUCUAGAUAGUAUAUUGGGCUCUACUAUGGACUCGGAAUCAGUCCCGAACUUAGAGGACGGACUCCCCGAUCCUGAAUUAGCAUACAAUGAGGGUGAGAUGUAUGCGAGGAUGGCCGCCAAUACUCCACAUAAAGAGACACAAGGGAUGGAUGACGACAAACUGGUGUCUUGUUCUACUCCUGUACCGAAUACUAAAUAUCAUCACAAGGAAUUAGUUAACGGUCGGAGUCAUAAGAUGGUUUAUAUAGGUCCCACUUCUGACAUGGGACUCGUCAAUAGGUUACAGGAUGAGUUCGAUGCACUUUAUGAGACUUGCCCCAAUUCUAACGGCCAGGAGAUAAAGUAUCAGUUGAUGGUCAUGUGGAGCACCCCCCAUAACCCGACUGCGCGCUUUUCUUUAUCACCCAAUCAGCCAUCAGGGAAGAAAAGGAAGAUCGUCAACUAUGCAUGGAACCCUGAGCCGGCCUCGGUGUUCGUACCUGAGCCCGAGGUGUCUGAGCAAUCCCUUCCUGAACGGCAGAUUAAAACAUAUCUCAGGAAAGGAAUAGAGCUUAGAGGAAAAACAUCUGAUAUCCCUAAUUUUAAAAUCACCAAUGAAACCUUGGGCUUUUCGAAUGAAGAUCUUAAAGUACAUCCUUAAAGUAGAUCCUGACACAUCUAUGUAUCCGGACAAUCCAGUAUUCGUCUUGGAGGAUGUAUUCACAUAUACCAAGCAGUUGAAUAAAAUCAAGGUACAUUAUCAACUGUAUGACCCAGUGCUCCCUCCACUAUGAUGCUUAGAUUGACUUAGAUUUAACCGAGCAUGAAAAAAAAAAAAAAAAAAAAAAAAAUAUAUAUAUAUUGACUGCUGCAUACCGUGCAUUUUAAGCAACCGCAAACAAGGCAAGCAGGAGGGCUUACUACAUCCAUUACAAAAAGAAGAUUUUCCAUUGCACACUUACCAUAUUGACUUUUUAGGCCCAUUAGAAUCGACAAA